GCCUUAGGGAAUCUAUGAGAGUUUCCGUUAUACAUUAGAUUCGUCAAGCCAGAAAGUUGCAUGCUUAUAUGAUAUGAAUGAAUUUGCUUCUUCUCUAGUCUGGAAAAUAUUUGCGCUUGUGCUUGUGCUUGUGCUUGUGCCUAGAUGAAUCAUAGAAGGCGCUUGUGUGCUACUCUAGACGCAAAUUGCAAGAUAGCGACAGGUCUUGUAUAUUUUCUUGUGAAAAAUUAGUGAGCAUAAUGUUUACUGAAAGAUUGGGGGCAGACGAAUCUCUUUGUCAAGAUUUACAGAGUUUGAGAGUGUCAAAGCGUCUUGUGAGGAGUGUCAGCCAGAAGUUGAGGAAGAGGAAUAACAGAAGUGCAGCGGAAGAUGAUGAUGAUGAUGCUGAACAGGGGGUUACUUUAAGAUGCCUAACUCUGUAUGGUCGAGGUGGGGGCUGCAAAGUAGGUGCUACUGCUGACACUAGUGAUGAAUUUGGUGAUUCGAGCAGUAGAAGGAGAUCUAGUGCCAGUGAAGAAGGCAAGGGAUAUAAUCCGAUUUGUGGCCCUGAAGAAACUGCUGUGGAUUGCUUCCCAUCUGGGGUGAAGGACAGGUUUUGGAGGAGACACGCCAGAAAGAAUUCUGAACUUGAAGAAUUGAUAUCAAACAGUAGAAUGCAUAUCUUUCUUCCUGAUGAUAUUCUUGAAAUGUGUUUGGUUAGGCUCCCAUUGACAAGUUUGAUGAAUGCUCGCCUUGUGUGCAAAAAGUGGAGGUCCUUGACCACCACCCCUAGAUUCCUCCAAAUGAGAAGGGAGGGUUCAUAUCAAAAUCCAUGGUUGUUUCUCUUUGGUGCUGUUAAAGACGGUUUUUGCUCUGGUGAGAUACAUGCAUUGGAUGUGUCUCUAAAUCAAUGGCAUAGGAUGGAUGCUGAAUUUCUCAGAGGAAGGUUCUUUUUCUCUGUUGCUAGUACACUGGAUGAUAUCUUCAUUGUUGGAGGAUGUUCUAGCUUGGCUAACUUUGGGAGAGUGGAUAGGAGCCCAUUCAAGACACACAAAGGGGUGCUGGUGUUUAGUCCAUUGACAAAAUCUUGGCGUAAAAUACCAUCUAUGAAAUAUGCUAGAUCAAUUCCUUUAUUAGGAGUCUUUGAGGUCAGUUUGGAUUUUCCAACUUGUCAAAGUCAUCAAAGUCGGCGUUUUCCAAGAUCAAAGAUUGGCGGGGUUUCAGAUGUAUAUGAGGAUCCUCAUAAGCUCUCAAUGAGACGUCAUUGCGGAUCUGCUUUCAACGAGUCCGAAGCUUCAUCUUUGCCUGGUAGAAAGGCAUACAAAUUCCAUAGACAAAGAAAUGAUCAUUUAAGCUCAAAGGGUAGUAAAAGGUUUUUGUUGAUAGCUGUAGGAGGUCUGGGAUCUUGGGAUGAGCCUUUGGAAUCUGGAGAAAUAUAUGAUUCUGUAUCAAAUAAAUGGACUGAAAUCCAGAGAUUGCCUUUUGAUUUUGGAGUUGCUUGUUCUGGAAUUGUUUGUGGCAGGAUGUUUUAUGUUUAUUCCAAGAUGGACAAGCUUGCAGCAUAUGACAUAGAACGAGGUUUCUGGUUUUCAAUUCAAACCACUCCGGUCCCACCUCGUGUACAUGAAUACUACCCCAAACUUGUAUCUUCUAAUGGCCGACUUUUCAUGCUCUCAGUGUCCUGGUGUGAAGGGGAUGGUCAAAUUGGGCGACGAAACAAGGCUGUUAGAAAAUUAUGGGAGUUAGAUCUCAUGUAUCAUACCUGGACUGAAGUUUCAGUGCAUCCUGAUGCCCCAAUGGACUGGAAUGCAGUUUUUGUGGCAGACAAAAACCUGAUUUUUGGGGUAGAGAUGUUCAAAAUAUUUGGUCAGGUGUUGGAUUUUUUCACUGCAUGUGAUGUGUCUAAUUUGGCAAAGUGGAACCAUAUUUCAAGGAAUCAUGUUACUCAUGAGCUGGAUGGUUCUUCAUGCUUGACCAAAUCUGUGGCUGUCCUACACCUAUGAAAUCCUUUGCGCAUGUAUGCUCAGCAGCACAAUCUCAAAUCUUUCCUCUAUGUCGUUUUGAGAUGCAACAUGAUCUGUAAGUCCUGCUUUGUAUUUGCUGCAUAUAAUUGUAAACGGGCAAGUCUUCUGAACUCUCUGGACUGCGGGUCUCACUUUCAGUGGUUCUUAUGUACCUUCUUUUCUUUUUGUUUAAUUCAUUUCACACCAACCAUAAAGUUGAAUUCCACCCUGACUUUGCACCUAUAUUGUUCUUGCUAUUCGUCGAUUGUCUGAAAUAUGUUUUUUGUAAGUUGAAUUCUUCUCACCUUCUUUAUGCCCAGGCCUUCUAUAUUUUACUAGUUGAACUAAUCAACCUGCUCUGAAUGUGGUAUAUUGCUAUUUGCAAUCAAAGUGUAGUAGUUGGCUUCACGC